UUGUGAACUUUCAACAUUCUACUAUUAAACUACAAAAAAAUGGAAGAUUUUGCAACGAAUAUAAAACUUAUAUUGAGCGUCGAAAGAAUUUCUAGGUUUUUUCCCGAUUCGCCUUUCAAUCCCUAAUCGCCCCAUUUUACCGGUAUUUAAUUGGAACUAUUUUAAAAUUCAAUCUGAAGGUCGAUUUUGUCCCUAUUUACCCCAUUGUACGGUAUACUCAAAUAUAUUAAGUGUUUAUUCUAUGAUUUUAAUGCUAGGUAGGUAAGGUACGGUACAGUAUUUAAUAAUUAAUUAAAGGUACCUACCUAUAAACCUACUUAUAAAUAUAAUUUAAGAAACGAAAAUGACAACAUUACGACCGUUUACGUGUGAAGAUAUGCUGAGAUUUAACAAUGUGAAUCUAGACCCGCUGACAGAGACAUAUGGCCUAUCGUUUUACACGCAAUAUUUGGCACAUUGGCCAGAAUAUUUUCAAGUUGUGGAAUCACCUAGUGGAGAAAUUAUGGGAUACAUAAUGGGGAAAGCUGAAGGUCAUGGUGAGAAUUGGCAUGGUCAUGUUACAGCCUUAACAGUAAGUCCAGACUACAGAAGACUUGGACUUGCAGCAACAUUAAUGAAUUUACUUGAAGAGGUAUCUGAAAAGAAAAAAGCAUAUUUUGUGGAUUUGUUUGUAAGAGUGAGCAAUAAAGUAGCAAUAAAUAUGUAUAAAAACUUAGGUUACAUUGUUUAUCGUACAGUACUAGAAUAUUAUUCUGGAGAUCCCGAUGAAGAUGCCUAUGAUAUGAGAAAAGCCUGUUCGAGAGACAUUAAUAAACAAUCUGUUAUACCAUUAUCACAUCCUGUGAGGACUGAGGAUGUAGAUUAGAGAAAUAAAAGAUAGAUUUU